AUGCCAAGCCUUACUUCACUUACCAAAAUCACAUUGUUGGCUUCAUGUGUUUUUGGUCUUGGUGCUUACGCCGAACCCAUCUUAUUCAGAGAGCAAAAUGCAGUUGUUGAUUUUGGCGAAAAUGCAUGGAAAGAUGUGCAACACGUAUUCAAAGGUGUCACAGAUAGAGUCCAUGACGCUACCAGUAAACUCAAGGAUGCUUUCGACCAAGCCUCUGAUGCUUUCACCACUUUCACACAUCCUGCUUUCUCUAAUUAUGCUUUAAGAUACAAACAACCCAACAUCUGUGACCCCAGUGUCAAGCAAAUCUCUGGUUAUCUGGAUGUUGGCAAUGAUAAGCACUUUUUCUUCUGGUUCUUUGAAUCAAGAAAUAAGCCAAAAGAAGAUCCUGUUGUUUUAUGGCUGAAUGGUGGACCUGGAUGUUCUUCUUUGACCGGUCUUUUAAUGGAACUAGGUCCCUGCACUGUCAACGAAGAAGGCACUGAUACCUACAUUAAUCAAUAUUCCUGGAAUGAAAAUGCCAAUCUCAUCUUCUUGGAUCAGCCUUUGAAUGUUGGAUUUUCUCAUGGGAGCAACGGGGCUACGAAUACUGUAGCUGCUGCGGAAGACGUUUAUGCUUUCCUUCAGCUCUUCUUCAAGGAGUUCCCUCAAUAUGCCGACCUUGAUUUCCACGUCUCUGGCGAAUCAUAUGCUGGACAUUAUAUCCCUGCUAUCGGUAGUGUGAUCAACGAAAACAAUAAGGGCAACUUCCAAUCAUUGGAAUUAAGAAAGGAGAAGCAUUCACUCUCUAACAUCAACCUCAAGAGUCUGCUUAUCGGUAAUGGUUUGACCGACCCUCUCAUUCAGUACAAAUACUAUGCUCAGAUGGCUUGUGAGAACUCUUAUGGCCCUGUCUUAAGCAAAGCCGAGUGCCGCAACAUGGAGGUUCAAUUCCCCGCUUGUGAACGACUCAUUCAAAACUGCUAUGACAGCCAAAAUGUAUUUGCUUGUUUGCCUGCCGCUAUGAAAUGUAACAAAGAUCAAAUUACACCUUAUCAACAAACCGGUAUGAACCCAUAUGACGUCAGAGAGAAAUGUAAGGGAGGCAACCUUUGCUACGAUAUCCUCGAAUCCGUUCAAAAAUAUCUCAACAAGCCUGAUGUAAAGAAAGCUGUGGGUGCUGAAACUGAUAAAUAUGAAAGCUGCAACAUGCAAAUCAAUUUUAGAUUCCAAAUGGCAGGUGAUUGGAUGCGACCUUAUGUCAACGAAGUACCUAAACUUUUAGAGGACGAUAUCCGUAUUUUGAUUUAUGCUGGUGAUGCCGAUUUCAUCUGUAACUGGAUGGGUAACAAGGCUUGGACUUUGGCUUUACCUUGGUCAGGUCAUGAAGAAUUUGCUUCCGCCAAUGAUACAGAAUGGUAUUCUGAAUUGAAGGGUAAAAAGCAAGCGGGUGAAUUACGUAGAACAGAAGAUGGUCGUUUUGCUUUCUUGCGUGUCUUUGGUGCUGGUCACAUGGUUCCUUAUGAUCAACCUGAAAGUGGUCUUGACAUGCUGAACCAAUGGGUGCGUAACGACUUGAACUAA